CAUAAACCCCUCACCUUAGAGGUUUUGUUGCUCACGUCCUCGCCUCUCUUAAACCCUACACAAAAUCAACCUUAGGGUUUCUCUCUCUUCUGAAAACCCUAAACCCCUAAUUACAUCAAAGAUGAUGACCACCAUCCUCCGAAGGUCACCUUCCAUAGCCACGGUGCGGUCCUUCGCCGCCAUCGAAACACUCCUGUUCAACCACCAUUCAUUUCUCGCCGCGUCGACGCCCGACCUCGUACUCCCCGGAAAUGGUGCUCUCGGCGGUGAGGCUAGAUCCUACACAGUCUCAGCGCCAAAGCCGAAGCUGGGUCCUUCCUACGGGUUUCGAGUGAGGGACUUGCACGCGAAAUCUGGGCCGUUGAAUUACCGGGCGUCGACGGCGCUGAGCGCCGAGUUCGCUGUUGAUUACUCGUACGACGAGUCGUCUAAAAAGAGCGGCCAAGAUGAUGGACUCGAUAUCGCGAAGCUAGGGAUUUCUCAGGACAUUGUAUCGGCUUUGGCCAAGAAGGGUAUCACUAAGCUGUUCCCCAUACAGAGGGCUGUGUUGGAACCCGCGAUGCAAGGGCGUGAUAUGAUUGGUCGUGCUCGAACAGGAACAGGGAAAACUCUUGCGUUUGGGAUACCCAUCUUGGAUAAAAUCCUUAAAUACAAUGCCAAACAUGGGCGUGGGAGGAACCCUUUGGCUUUGGUUUUGGCUCCAACAAGGGAACUUGCAAAGCAAGUUGAGAAGGAAUUCCAUGAGUCGGCACCUGGCUUGGAUACAAUUUGUGUUUAUGGUGGUACACCCAUUUCAAGUCAAAUGAGGCAGCUUGAUUAUGGGGUUGAUGUGGCUGUUGGCACACCUGGUCGUGUAAUUGAUCUUAUUAAUAGGGGUGCUUUGAAUUUAUCGGAAGUUCAGUUUGUUGUCCUUGAUGAAGCUGAUCAGAUGCUCCAAGUGGGAUUUCAAGAGGCCGUUGAGAUUAUCUUAGAGAAGUUACCGAAGAAACGUCAGACCUUGAUGUUUUCUGCAACAAUGCCGGGUUGGAUUAAAAAGCUUACUCAAAAUUACCUGAAAAAUCCAGAAGUGAUUGAUCUUGUUGGGGAGUCUGACCAGAAAUUGGCCGAUGGAAUUUCUCUGUUCUCGAUUUCAUCAGAUUCAUAUGGAAAAGCAUCAAUUAUUGGACCACUUAUAACAGAACACGCAAAAGGAGGAAAGUGUAUUGUUUUUACGCAGACAAAACGUGAUGCUGAUCGAUUGGCAUAUGCCAUGUCAAGAAGCUAUAAAUGUGAAGCUUUGCAUGGGGAUAUUAAUCAAACCCAGAGGGAAAGGACCCUUGCAGGUUUUCGAGAUGGGAAUUUCAAUAUUUUAGUUGCCACUGAUGUCGCUGCUCGCGGGCUUGAUGUACCCAAUGUUGAUCUGGUGAUACAUUACGAGCUUCCAAACAAUUCAGAAAUAUUUGUUCAUCGGUCAGGCCGAACAGGUCGUGCUGGGAAGAAAGGAAGUGCUAUUCUUGUUUACACACAGGAUCAAUCCAGGGCUGUCAGGACUAUUGAACAAGAUGUAGGAUGCAAAUUCACAGAGCUCCCUCGGAUUGCUGUUGACAGCAAAAGCAUAGGCAUGAUGCCCGACAUGGGUAGGUUUAACACAAAAAGUAGUCGAUUUGGUCAAGCAGGACCAGGAUUUAGCCGUCCUGGAUUUGGUCGUUCCAGUGGCUAUGGUGAUUCUUCUGGUCAGAUGGGUAGAUCUAGUGGACCCCGUCCUGGUCGUUUUGGUUCCUUUGGUGAUUCCGCUCAGUCUGGAGGUGGGUUUUCUGGAUCUGGCUCAAAUCGAGGAGGAAACUUUGGUGGUUCAGGUUUUGGUCGUUCAAGCGGUUCAAGUGGUUUCGGAGGGUUUGGUAGUUCUGAUCGUUCAAGUGGUUUCGGAGGGUUUGGUGGUUCUGAUCGUUCUGGCGGUUCUAGGAACUUUAGUUUGGAUCGCCAGAGUGGAUUUGCUGAUGAUAAUUCUAGCCGUUUUGGCACCUUUGGUGCUGAUGAUCAAAAUGCAGGGAGAAGACACUUCUGAUUUUAUUGAACGUUAAGAAGAUACGACGACGGGUAGGAAAGGAUUACCAAAAACAAUUGUUUAUUUUCAUGGAUCGAAGUCAAUUAAAGGGGGCGUUGCUGCUUAGUGGUGCACGGGCUUCAGCACCUGUGAGGAAGUGCCUAUGCUUCUAAUUAUUUCAAAAUAUAAGUCAUUAGAUGUUUUUCUGUUCAUAUUAAGUUUCUAAAUUAGAGUAUGAAGCGAAAUUUAUCAUAAUUCAGAUAUGAAGAAGAGGGCUCUCACAUGUAAUUUAUCUUUAGUAUUGUGUUAUGUUACAAUUUUUGUCCUUUAUUUGUGGUCGUUUUAA